UUCCCACCAGCUCACAUCUUUCGCUCUCUCCCCAUCUCGUAGCUUCCUCUAAUUCCCAUGGAGAAACCCAUCGUCGCCGGAAUGGAAAUCUCAGAUUCCGGUCACCGGAGCACUCCCGUCCCCCGAAACAGAAACAGCAAGAAGACGCUGCUUCUGGCUCUGUCCGCAGCUCUCCUCGUGGUCGGCGCCGUCGUGGGCAUUGUCGCCGGCGUGACGAAGUCGAGAAACUCCGGCCGCCAGUCGGAAGAAGCCCACGCCAUUGUGAAGAGCACGUGCAGCGCCACGCUGUACCCGGAGCUGUGCUUCUCGACGAUUUCCCGGAGCGAGGGAGCGAUGAAGAAAGUUUCGAAUCAGAAGGACGUGAUUGAGCUGUCGAUCAACAUAACGGUGAAGGCGGUGGAGGAGAAUUACUUCAGAGUGCAGAAAUUGGCGGCGCUGAAGAACAUAACCCACCGCGAGAGAAUUGCGCUCCACGAUUGCCUUGAGACCAUCGACGAGACGCUGGAUGAGCUCCACAAGUCCAUCGUGGACCUCCAUCAGUACCCCAAUAAGAAGUCUCUCGACCAGCACGCCGACGACCUCAAGACCCUGCUCAGUUCCGCCAUUACCAAUCAGGAAACUUGCUUGGAUGGAUUCUCACACGACGACGCGGAUAAAAGCCUGCGGAAGAAGCUGGAAGAGGGGCAGAAGGAAGUGGAGCACAUGUGCAGCAAUGCACUCGCCAUGAUCAAGAACAUGACCGAUACCGAUAUUGCCAACUACCACGCCAAAAUGGGAGCUAACAGAAACCUCAUUGAGAACGCCGACGCCGGAGACGCCGCCAUCAUCUGGCCCCACUGGCUCUCGCCCGGAGACCGCCGCCUUCUGCAGUCCUCCUCCGUCACGCCGGACGCGGUCGUGGCGGCGGACGGCAGUGGGAACUUCCGGACGGUGUCUGCAGCCGUGUCCGCCGCGCCGGACAAAAGCAAGAAGAGGUACAUUAUUAGAAUCAAAGCCGGCGUCUACAGGGAGAAUGUGGAAAUUCCCAAGAAGAAAACCAAUAUAAUGUUUGUGGGAGAUGGACGAAGCAACACCAUUAUCACCGGCAGCCGGAAUGUCGUCGACGGCAGCACCACUUUCAACUCUGCAACCGUCGCGGCGGUGGGGGAAGGAUUUCUGGCGCGUGACAUCACGUUCCAGAACACGGCGGGCCCAUCGAAGCACCAAGCGGUGGCUCUCCGCGUCGGAGCGGAUCUCUCCGCCUUCUACCAAUGCGAUAUGUUGGCUUACCAAGACACUCUCUACGUCCAUUCCAACCGUCAGUUCUACAUUAACUGCCUUGUCUCCGGCACCGUCGAUUUCAUCUUCGGCAACGCGGCGGCGGUUUUCCAGGACUGUGACAUCCACGCUCGUCGGCCCAACUCCGGCCAGAAGAACAUGGUCACGGCUCAGGGACGGUCCGACCCGAACCAGAACACCGGGAUCGUGAUUCAGAAAUCCCGAAUCGGAGCCACCUCAGAUCUCCGGUCGGUUCAGAAAAACUUCCCGACGUUUCUCGGAAGGCCAUGGAAGGAAUAUUCUAGAACCGUGAUUAUGCAGUCGUCGAUAAGUGACGUCAUCGACCCCAAGGGGUGGCACGAGUGGAGCGGUAAUUUCGCGCUCAAUACGUUGUUCUACGCCGAGUAUCAGAACACCGGCCCGGGGGCUUCGACGGCCGGGAGAGUGACGUGGAAAGGAUUUAAAGUAAUUCGAAGUGCCACGGAGGCCGAACCUUUCACCGCCGGCAGAUUCAUCGGCGGCGGGAGUUGGCUGCGGGCAACUGGUUUUCCGUUCUCCCUAGGCCUAUAAUUAUAAUGCUCAUAAUUUCCCAGGCCAGGCACCAAUAAUUUACUAUUUAUUGUGGUAAUUAUUUCCUCUUUUUUUUUUUUUUUUUGAAUGCGUAAUGUCAAAUUACCAAUUAUUGGGUGAGAGUGUAAGUUUUCUUUAAAAAAGAAAAAUGAUGAUGAGCUUAUUGCGUUUCAAAUAUCAGGAAAUUGUUAAAGCCCUCGAAA